AUGGAAUAUGCCGAGUUGGAAGGGACCCAUCAGAAUCGUCCAGUCCAACUCCCGGGGCAGUGGAAAGGCCCCGUGGACUUCUGGCAGCACAGAAUCCAGUACUGGAUUCUCCUGGAGAAACGUGCUACCACGGCCCCCCGCAUCCCAUCCACACGGCUGGCCCUGCACCACUUCGACACGAGCUACAGCCUGCACCUGGGGGAGCUGUGGCCCUCUGUGCGUGCUGGCCUGCUCUGUGAGCAGAAGUACGGCGCCCUCCUCAACAACUUCUCUGCUGUCGACCACGUCACUCAAGAGCUGGAGCUGCUGAAUGCCACCGAUUUCGUUUCCGAAGCCCUCCAAAAGGCACAGCAGUCACAGCGGGGUGCGGCUGCGAGGGAAGCAGUGAGAGGCUCCCAGGAGGGCUGUGUUCAGGGCAGGGCUGUGAUACAGGCAGAGACAAUAACACAGGCAGAGUCAUCUCCACCGUUUCGUGCCUCCAUCAUCCCCAAAAUCAAGUGUUACACCUUCCCCAGGGGUGACAUCACACGCUUUUGCCCUGCACGGCCAGACAUUUUGGGGCUCCUUGGUUAUUAUCUCAUGGAUGCAGCAUCUCUCCUGCCCGUCCUUGCACUCGAUGUGCAGCAGGAUGACCUUGUCCUUGACCUUUGUGCAGCUCCGGGUGGCAAGACUCUGGCUCUGCUGCAGACUGGGCUUUGUGUAAGUGGAGGGCAUCUGGCAGCCAACGAUGUCUCCAUUUCCCGGACAAAGAGGCUGCACCAGAUCCUCCAUAAGUAUGUUCCCAGAGAAAUCAGGGAAACUGUGAGUGUCACAUCCUACGACGGAAGGGACUGGCAGGAUGUGGACGGUGGCACUUUCCAUAAGGUGCUGGUGGAUGUGCCCUGCACGACGGACAGGCACUCUGCCAUGGAGGAGGAGAACAACAUCUUCCACAAGAGGCGAACCAAGGAGCGUCAGAUGCUGCCCAUGCUGCAGCUGCAGCUGCUGAUGGCUGGGAUCCUCGCUGCCAAGCCAGGAGGAGAGGUGGUGUACUCCACGUGCUCCCUCUCCCCGCUGCAGAACGAGUGUGUGGUCGAGAGAGCGGUAGAAAUUGCAGAAACCCAGUUUAACAUCAGUGUCCACGUUGAGGACUUGAGCCACUUUCGGACGCUCUUCCAGGACACGUUUUCCUUCUUCUCAGGCUGCCGGCUGGGGGAGCUUGUUCUGCCUCACCUCACAGCCAACUUUGGACCUAUGUAUUUCUGCAAAUUACGUCGGAUGUAGAAGGGGCAACAGACUAUGUCUGUUUGCUGUCAGGGAAAUACCCUGAAUUUCCAGGGAAACUACAACUGCUUUAUAUUUAUUUUUCUUUUUAAAGUGUCCCAAAGGAAGUCCGCUUUUUUACUGCAGACACAGAAAAUAAAUGAGAAAGACCUGC